AAGCUGUUGUGGCGGGGGUAGAGCUCAAGCUCUGCGCACCUCAUUUUCCUCUCAAUUAGGGUUUUUACCUUCGAAAAGACGUUCGUUCUGGAAUAAUCCUACUGGAGUUUUUGUUGGAGCUUCAACGCCCAUUUCUUGCAUCGAGCUUGAACUUCAAUGGUGCGGUCCAAUGGUGCUAGACUUGCCUACUGGUUUGCCCGAUGCUCCCUCGGCUCGAAGCUUGUUGACGAUUAUUCAAUUAUCUUUAAUGAUUCUUUGCGCCGAGGGAGCUCGCGGGGAUUUGUUUCAGGAAUCUGCAAUUCGUCUCGGGUGUUUGAUUAUGGGAAUUUAGAAAAUGUCAAGCAGAGACAUGGCAUGUGGUGUGGAAUUUUACAUGACAGUUCGGUCUCGAAGAGAUUGUUUCAUGGGACGGGGUCAACGUACAUGGCUGCCAGAGACUAUUAUGACAUACUUGGAGUGAGCAAGAAUGCGAGUGCGUCAGACAUAAAGAAAGCAUAUUAUGCACUAGCAAAGAAGCUGCAUCCAGACAUGAAUAAAGAUGAUGCUGAUGCAGAUAUCAAGUUCCAAGAAGUUCAGAAGGCCUAUGAGGUCUUGAAAGAUGAAGAAAAGCGACAACUUUAUGACCAGGUUGGUCCUGAUUCGUUUGAGCAAGCUGCUGCAGGGGGUGGCCCUGGUGGUCCAUUUGGAGGUGCUGGAUUUGGUAACCCCUUUGAGGACAUCUUUGGCAGUGGCGGUGGCGGUGGUGGAUUUAAUGAUUUUUUCAAGAAUUUCUAUCAGCGUGGUUUUGGCGGCCAGGAUGUCAAGAUGCAACUUGAAUUGUCAUUCAUGGAAGCCGUUCAGGGUUGCACCAAAACUGUGACAUUUCAGGCUGCUGUACCUUGUGAUGCUUGUGGUGGUACUGGUGUUCCUCCUGGAACCAGGCCUGAAACAUGUAAACCAUGUAAAGGCUCUGGAAUGAUAUUCAUGCAGAAGGGCCCGUUUAGGCUUCAGUCCACUUGUACACAGUGUGGUGGAACAGGGAAAACUGUGACGAGCUUUUGCAAAUCAUGUAAAGGAGAUCGUGUUGUGAUGGGAUCAAAAUCAGUCAAGCUGGAUAUUAUGGCAGGAAUUGAUGAUAAUGAAACAAUAAAGGUGUCUAGAAGUGGUGGAGCAGAUCCUGACAGCAAUCAGCCGGGCGAUCUUUAUGUUACCAUCAAAGUCCAAAAAGACUCUGUUUUUCGGAGAGAAGGCUCCGAUAUCCAUGUUGAUGCUGUUUUGAGUAUCACUCAGGCUGUUCUUGGAGGAACCAUCCAAGUCCCAACUCUUACAGGAGAUGUUGUUCUUAAGGUCCGUCCAGGCACUCAACCUGGACAGGCGGUUGUUAUGAAGAGAAAAGGAAUUAAAACCAGGAGUUCUGCAUCGUUUGGAGAUCAAUAUGUGCACUUCAAUGUUAGCAUGCCAACGAAUUUGACAAAAAGACAGCGUGAGCUAAUUGAAGAGUUUGCCAAGGAGGAGCAAGGAGAAUAUGACAAGGGCGCUACUGCUGCUGGAGCAUCUGGCUGAGUACUGGGUCCUGACUGCAUGGCAUUAAAACUUGGUACCUGCACCAGCUGGAAUUUUGUAGGAAAAGUUUAG